GCUAUUUACAUUGAGAAUAUGUCAUGGGGGCAAGAUUUUGAUUGUUCCUUUAGAGGGAAGCCACUGGGUGAACAUGGAUAUCAUGGUCAAAGCUCUCCACUCUCGAGGACACUCCGUCGAUGUGGUACGAACCAAUAAAAGCUGGUACAUCAAGGAUGACUCUCCGCACUACAAGACAAUCACAGUUCCUGUCACUGAAGCCUUUAAUCAUGACUUUAUUAACCCGAUCCUGAAAAAGAUAAUUGACAUAGAGAGGGGGGAGAGCUCUGCUAUGAGCUUUGCGAGUUUGCAGGUCGAGAUGUUCACUGCGAUGUUUAACAUGCAUAGGAUAAUGUGCAAAAUGGCUACUAUUAUGUUUCAGGAUAAAGACUUGAUGAAUAGUUUAAAGGAGAGAAAAUAUGACAUGGUCCUUACUGACCCAGCAUGGGGUGCAGGUAUAAUGUUGGCUCACGCUCUUAAGCUACCUCUGGUCUAUAAUGUGCGGUGGAUAACUAGUGGAGAAGGACAUUUGGCCAUCGCGCCUUCUCCAUUAUCUUAUAUCCCGAUGACUGGCUCAGGGCUGUCAGACAAAAUGAGUUUCAUACAGAGAGUCAAAAAUCUAAUUUUCUAUGUCAUCUGGCAAGCUCAGGAUGGAUUCUUAAUUGGCCCUCAGUAUCAAGCUGUUUGCGAUGAGUUCUUCGGCCCAGAAGUCAGAUACAGUGACUUAUUACAAGGAGCAGACCUGUGGCUCAUGAGAGCUGACUUUGUUUUUGAGUUUCCUCGACCCACAAUGCCUAAUGUUGUCUAUAUGGGAGGGUUUCAAUGUAAACCCUCUGAACCACUUUCUGGAGACCUGGAGGAGUUUGUGCAGAGCUCUGGGGAACACGGAGUCAUCAUCAUGUCUCUGGGAACUUUUGUGAGUGAACUUCCUGCUGACAUGGCAAACGAGAUUGCUGCAGCUUUCGCUAAAUUACCUCAGAAAGUCAUCUGGAGGCAUAAAGGUGACAGACCAGCCACUCUGGGCAACAACACUUUACUAGUGGACUGGAUGCCACAGAAUGACCUCCUCGGACAUCCUAAAAUAAAAUUAUUUGUGGCUCAUGGGGGAACAAACGGCAUUCAAGAAGCUAUUUAUCACGGCGUCCCAGUCGUGGGUCUACCUGUGUUUUUUGACCAGUACGACAACCUGCUGCGACUGAAGGAGAGAGGAGGAGCUAAGAUUCUUACAUUAGCUACAGUAGACAAAGGCAACAACUUUCUUGAGGCCAUAGAGGAAGUCCUGACUGAGCCCUCCUACAGGAUGAACAUGCAGAGACUCUCCAGGCUGCACAGAGAUCAGCCAGUGAAGCCGAUGGACACCGCCCUCUUCUGGAUAGAGUUUGUCAUGAGACACAAAGGUGCAGCUCACCUGAGAACAGAGUCCUACAGACUGCCCUGGUACUCCUACCACUCUCUAGAUGUAGUUCUGUCUUUUCUUGCUACUGUUGCUGUGAUUACUUUUCUUCCUCUUGUAUUUUUCAGAUAUGCACGUCUUGAGAAAUGCAUAAAAAGACAAACUAAUAAAAAAUGACGAGGCUGUCCUGCUCUUUCUACUAAAAAUACCAUUAUGUUGUUUUAGAUUUUAG